GUGUAUGAGAGCGACAGCAGCAGCAGCCUCCGGUCGGUUCGUGCGGUUGACACUUGUCGUCGCCUUUGACAGCUAACGUUAGCUCGGGUCGGGCCCGGUUGGGUUGGUACGUUACUCACUCACUUGUACAGUGAACAUUAUGGCGGCCGCGGAUCCCCGGUCCUCAAGUGACGGCGGGCCGGCCAGCAGAGGCGGAUUUCCAGCCGGGGAAAGCAGCAACGAGCGCGACGGGCCGGGCGGCGGCGGCGGCGGCGGCGGCGGCGGGGAGGGCGAACGGGAGCGGGACCGGGCCACCUUCGAGUGCAACAUUUGUUUGGACACUGCCAGGGACGCUGUCAUCAGUAUGUGCGGCCACUUGUUCUGCUGGCCCUGUCUGCAUCAAUGGUUGGAGACGCGGCCCAGCAGGCAGCAGUGUCCUGUGUGUAAAGCAGGCAUCAGCAGGGAGAAAGUCAUCCCGCUGUACGGCAGAGGGAGCUCCAGCCAAGAAGACCCCAGGUUGAAAACUCCACCUCGGCCUCAGGGACAGAGAACGGAGCCAGAGAGUCGAGGCGGGAUGUUUCAGGGUUUCGGGGACACUGGCUUUCACAUGUCUUUCGGCAUCGGGGCUUUCCCCUUUGGGUUCUUCACCACUGUCUUUAACGCCAACGACCCCUUUCACAGAGCAGACCAGUAUGCAGGUGAUCAACAAGGCAACACUAACCACAACAAUGGCAGUAACAACUGGCAAGACUCCCUCUUCCUAUUCGUGGCCAUUUUCUUCUUCUUCUGGCUGCUGAGCGUGUGAUGGAGACCGGCGGAUAGACGAGUGGAUCGAUGAGCGCAAAAAAAAGAAACUCUUACACACUUAAGCCACAGUCACACAACCAUUUUACAUUUCCUAGCAGGUACUAACUUGGGAGAGAGUGUGGCAUUGUGUUUGAUCCCAAAACAAGAAAUACAGGAUAUAAUACUGUUUGGUUUUCUCCUCCUGGCAAAGACAGGCUCACUUUAGGAUUCUUAACCAUUUGCUACGUUGAUUUUGUUUAUACAAAAACCACUGGAAAGUAGUGGCGCCUGAAUCCCC